AUGGGCGGACGACACGAAUUCAACCAGGUGAUUUUCGACAACGUUCGAGUGCCGGCGCAAAACAUCGUGGGUGAGGAAAACCGGGGUUGGUACGUGGCGGUUACACUGCUGGACUUUGAGCGUUCCGGCAUCGAUUACUCGGCUGCCGCCCGGCGCCAUCUGGACGACACACGGCAGUGGGCCGAUGGGAUUCAACGCAACGGCAAACCACUCAGCCAGGAAUCAUGGGUUCGCAACCUGCUGGCCGACCGCGUACAUCGAGACUGA